AAUCGUACAAUGCAUGCACGAAUAACAUAAUUUUUUUAAAUAUUUGCUCUGAAUACAUGGAAUUGCAAUAAACCGUCUAUAGCAUGGAAUAGUUUUACAAUUCGCAUACCUGUGCACAUACAGACACGUCUUGGGAUUAAAAGAGUCGGCAUGCUUUUAAUGAUGCGAAGCCACGCCCCAGACGACCUGAUUCAAUAAAGUCAUUAAGAACUGGAGCCAGACACUAUACUUGUCCCCUGCUAGUUCCUUUGUCCUUUCUUGCCUGCCAAUAUACCUGGAAGUACCUCCCACCAUCGUGGCAGACGCUCUUGCAGUCCGGACUUUUAUUUGAUUAGCCGUAAAGAGCUAAUAUUCGUUACGGCGCGGCAAAUUUGUCGCCUUAUAUCUGGAAGGGUACGAAAGUUUGGGUUUUUCCCGUCAUAGUAAAAGCCUGUCUAAGCACAGUGAGUGAAACGGUACUUUUACAGUCGUCUAGACAUAGGUCGUAAAUCUUGAAAUACAAAAGCACUUGGAAUAGUUACAAAUAUUUUGGGAUUUUACGUCUCUGAUUUUGCAUGCAUAUAGUUCAAUACCUGAAUCAAAAUACACACAAAUCAUAUAUAAACUUUCUAUUCAUCUAUACACUCGUCUGAGCACCUGUGACGAUUCCAGCAAAAUUCAACAACAUGCAAACGGUUGGCUUUAAAAUUUGCUUCUUCUAUUUAUUUUUGUUUACCUGUCAGACUUGCAAAACUGUAGCACAUAUAACAGGCGAGCAAAUGUCAUGUGAAAACGAAGGAGAGCCCAUAACAAUCCUCGAUAUUCCUGUCCCGAGAUGUUCAUACGAGUGCUUUUGCAGCGAUAAAAUAGUCAAGUGCUUAAAGAUUAAUUGCUCCACCGUAGAAGGCUGCCACUCUGUUAUUGAAGACGAUAAGGACUGCUGUCCCCAAUGCAAAGGUUGCAUGAUGAACGACGUGUUUUUUGAAUCGGGGCUAGAGUGGACGGCGCCAAGAGAUCCAUGUAAAAAGUAUACGUGUAACGCCGGAGUUAUCACAGAGUCACGAAUUUACUGUCAUAUACCGUGCGAUAAUCCAUCACCCCCUGCGCCUGGCAAAUGCUGUCCCACGUGUUCUGGCUGCAGACUGAACGAUAACAAAAUGUUUUAUGGAGAAAGACGAUUAAAAUUUAGCGAUCCUUGCCUUUCUUGCGGCUGCUCUACGAAAAAGCUCACUUGCAGGAAAAAAGUAUGUCCCGUACUAAGUUGUCCUCAAUCAAAAGUCAAAUAUACUCCUGGAAACUGUUGUCCUCAUUGCGAAGGUAUCGGGAAAUUUAUAGAUGAUAAGAAAGGUGGAUGUCAGUUUGGAGAAAAAAGGUAUAGACAUGGAACGGAAUUUGUUGUAGAUGCUUGCACAAAAUGCUCUUGCAACGAAUCAAUUAUACAGUGUAAAAGAGAAAAUUGUCCAGUUUUGAGGUGCAAACGAGAGGAUCGAGAAGUUUUACCAGGUGAAUGCUGCAUUCAAUGCAGAGUUCAUCCUAAUGACAUUCCAAAUGAUAGCAUCGCAGAGCCAAUAAAACAAAACAAUGUACAAAUUGUCUCGCCUCAAGUCAAUGAUGAUAAAGAGAAGAAAAAUAAAAUGGAUCGGCCAAGCAGUUGUCUUUAUGACAAUAUUUAUUAUAAUACUGGAGAAACUUGGAAUACGACUACAUGCGCAAAUUGUCAAUGCCACCAAGGCAGAAUAAAGUGUAACCCUGUGAUGUGUAGCUUUUCAAAAUCUUGUUCUCCAAAUUCAGUUUUAAAAAUACCCGACGGUCAAUGUUGUCCAGUAUGCAUAGAAAAUACCGGAGUCUGUACAGUUUUUGGUGGAUCGUAUUUUCGAAGCUUUGACGGAAAAUUGUACACUUUUAUCGGCUCAUGUAAAUAUCGCUUGGCUAGCGAUUGCGAUAGUGAAAGAUUCGAUGUGACAAUGCAAACAACUACCGCCGAAAACGUUGCUAUAAUAAAAGAGGUAUCGCUAAGUCUGUCUUUGGAAAAUAUAAAAGUCGACUUUCAUCAGUACAAAAGUACGAAAGUUAACAACAAAAUUGUUGAUUUGCCAUACCGACUGAAAAAUUAUUUGGAAAUCGUCAAUGUUAGUGAAAGUAUUACUCUUACUACAAAAAUCGGUAUAGAAAUUGUUUGGAAUAAUUUAGGCUUUCUCGAAGUCACUGUUCCCAAUAGUUAUCGAAAGAAAAUGUGCGGUCUAUGCGGCAACUUUAAUUCAAUAAUUGACGAUGAGUUGACAACUCAAGAAGGAAUAUUAGUCGACAAUCCUGCUAUUUUUGCGCAAUCUUGGACCGCUGGGGACGAAAUUUGUUUGGAAACCAGAGAAUACGGAAUACGAGGCUGUGAUCCACUUAAGCAUCGUAGACUGUGCAACUAUAUUAGAGGAUCUGCAUUCGAAAAAUGCCUAAAGAAAAUUAAUCCGACAUCGUAUUAUGAGACGUGCCUGAACGAUAUGUGCAAAUGUACACCAGGCGAUAAACAGUGUCAUUGUGAAUCUUUUUCGACGUAUGUUCGCGACUGCCGAAGACUUGGCAUUCUGUUACCUCGAUGGCGAAAAUCGGUUGGUUGUUAAGCAGCAAAAUCUGACAAAGCAAUGACUAUAUGCUGAAGUAUAUAUUUUAUUCGAAACCAGGAAAAUCUAAGUAAAAAAACGGGUUUACAACAAUUUUAACCAACACUAACAAGCAAAACUGUAUCAAGCCAAAACAUAUCAUUAAAUGUAAAAUCAUAACUUAAUUUUGGUUUUCACUUUUUUAUCGCAUACUAUGAAUAUAAGUAACUUAAAAUGGAUAUUGGCAUACUUCGAACGUAACUCCGAGAUCGACAAAUUCACACUUGAAAGAACGUAGAAGAUUAGGUACUUUUUGUAACCAAUCAUGUUUAUCCAUAAUAGAUUGGAGCUGCAUAGUUAUUGCUUUCAUACUUAUAUUGAAGAAAAAUUUCAGAAUUUGUAUCGAUAAAUAAAUACGUAUAAUACUUAUAAGUAUUCUUUUGUUUACCGCUACUACAGCGAUUUUUAAUUUGACAGCACAUUGUUAUUAUAGUAACUAAUUCCUUAACAUUGCCGAUGAAUUUGAAAGUUUUCAAAUUUGGUAAUGAGAGCAAUAUUUUUGUUAAAUGAUUGUCAAGCAUUUCACGAUGGUUAUAACAAUUAAUAUGUAGUUGUACUGCAAUCAUUAAUCGUUUGAAAUUAUAUGAAUAUGGCACCAA